UCAGAUUCAGUUUCUGUAAAUAGAAAAAAAAACAAACAAACAAAAGGUUUGAGUUUUGUAUGGCUAACGGUGAAGUAGUUAUAGCUUUGGAGAAGAUGGAAGAGAAAGCUGAAGGAACUCCAGUUGCAGACAACUCGAAAGAGAAAGUUGCAAGUAGUCAUUCAAAACCAGAGGCUACAGUGGAAAAUUCAGUCAUGAAAGAUGAACAUGGAUCAAGUAAGAAAUGGUCACCAAAAGAGGAGGAAGCUCAUGAUCCUCCUCCUCAGGGGUGCUUCCUUCAAAAGUGGAAGAAGAUAUUUGUAGCAUCAUGUCUGUUUGCUGUUUUAUUGGAUCCAUUGUUUCUCUACGUUCCUAUGAUGAGGGAUGAAAUCAAGUGUCUGCUAUACGACAGAAACUUGAAGAUUGCCGCUCUUCUUCUAAGAUCAGUCACUGAUCUUUUCUAUAUAUUGGACAUUAUUUUUCAAAUUUAUGCAUCACCCAACUAUUCUGAUGUCAUGGAUCUAUAUCGUCGUAUUAGGCUUUACUGCUCGAAAUUAAGAUUUUGGAGGAAAUAUUUUGUGCCAACAAUUGCUAAGACAAUCUUGGGGUCAUACAAUAUCUUAAUUGACAUUAUGGCCAUUCUUCCGCUUCCACAGGUAGCAAUCUUCAUCUUCUUUUCAAAAAUGAGGGACUUGAGAUCUUUGAGCACAAAAAGGAUGGCUAUCAUGAACUUUUUUGUUUUGUUGCAAUAUGUGCCACGAGUUCUUUGUAUCUACUUAUCAUGUAAGGAACUUAAAAGGACUCCUAAAGGAGGGACCGGAGAGACUGCCAUAUGGGUUAAAGGUGUCUUGAAUUUCUUUAUGUACAUCCUCGCUAGUCAUGUACUUGGAGCCAUAUGGUAUUUUUUCGCUAUCCAACGAAUUGCCAUUUGUUGGCAUGAUGCAUGUCGAAAAGAAAAUGGAUGUGACACUAGUACUUUUGGUUGUCAUGAGCAUCAGACAUUUAGAAAUAUAAGAUUUCUAAAUGAUUUAUGCCCUAUAAGUCCAGUGAAUACAACGCGUUUUGAUUUUGGUAUAUAUGGUACAAUCCUUCAAUCUGGUAUACUGGGUUCAACAAAUUAUUUUGAAAAGUUCUCCAAUUGUUUUUGGUGGGGCCUGCGAAAUUUGAGUUCUCUUGGUUCAAACCUGGAGCCUAGUAUCGAUGGAUGGGAAAACCUGUUUGCGGCUUUUAUAUCUAUAAUUGGCUUGCUUUUAUUCUUAUAUCUCAUUGGAAAUUUGCAGACAUACAUGCAGUUGAAUACUGCACGAAGAGAAGACCAUAGACACAAGAUGAAAGUGGAACGAAAGAUGGAAAAGAAAGAUCCAGAGACAGAGUUGUGGUUAUCUAAAAAUGGCGUCCCCAAAAGGUUGAUUAAUGAUAUCAAGUCGCAGAUGAUGGUGAAGGUGCGACAAGAAGUUGAAGUAGACAGGGAUGCUGAUUUGGACUAUAUCUUCUCUAUUCUUCCCUCGACUCUUCAAAUGCGUAUUAAACAGUAUAUGCCUAUGACUAGGUUGAAGCAGGUGCCAAUGUUUCAAAACAUGGAUGAAAGUGUGUUGAAAGAAAUCUGUCGGCGUCUUAAGCCCAAGAAGUUUACUGAAGGUGAUAUCAUUAUUGAAGAGGGUAAACGACUAAAAAAGAUGGUCUACAUUGUGGAAGGACUUGUAAGCAUUAGAAGCAAAGAUAGCUCCAGUGAUUUGCAGCAACGAGGUGCAGGACAAGUAUGUGGAGAAAAACUUGUACGGAGGCUACCGUCGACCUCAUUUCCCCGCAAAGCACCGGAAACCAAGUCUGCUAUCACAAUAGGUGAUGUUGAAGCCCUUGUUCUCAAGGCUAGUGACGUGCAGGAUAUGGUCUUUGAAUUCGGAAAGCAAUACUUUUUGGGGACAAAAAUAUUUAGUGCAAAACAACUUGAGGAGGCAACAAACAAUUACCAUAAUAUCAUUGGUCAAGGAAUCUCUUCCACCGUUUACGAAGGAAAUCUACCAGAUGGCACAAGGAUUGCGGUAAAGAAGUCCAAAACUACUAGACCUAUCAGUUACAGUCCACGUGUAAUUAAAGAGGUUGGGGUUGCUUCUCAGAUAGACCACAAAAAUGUGGUGAGGUUCUUAGGCUGUUGUUUGGAACCACAGACACAAGCACUGGUUUUUGAGUACAUUCCCAAAGGCACUCUUUCCCAACACACUCGUAAAGAAGAAGAGGGCAGAGGAUCAUCAUCACCACUUUCAUGGGAGUUACGGAUAAAGAUAGCGUCAGAGACCGCAGAAGCACUGGCUUACUUGCACUCAUUCACUCCCAAUAAGCCAAUCAUACACGGACAUGUGAACACAAAAAAUAUACUAUUGGAUGAUGAUUUCACGGCGAAGUUGUCUGGCUUUGGAGUUUCACGAUUGUUCAUUGAUGAUGACGAUGACGAUGAUGAUGAAGAUGAAGCUGUGGCAGCUUAUGUGCGAGAGAAAUUACGGUACUUGGACCCUGAGUAUAAUCAACCGCAGGCACUAAGACAAAAGAGUGACGUCUAUAACUUUGGAGUUGUCUUAGCGGAGCUACUAACCAGUCAAGUGUUCGAAAAUGAUAAUGAAAGGAAACAUUGCGGCACUCAACUGGACGUCAAUGCGGGUCUAAAAGAAUGGAACGCUGUUUCGCUCUGCUGGAUGUAUCGUCGAAACCCGUACAACAUGCGAGAUUUUUCUCCUGAGAGGGUUAUGGGAAAGAGAGACCUGGCCUGGUUUCUAUCCUCAUUGGAAAAGGGUCACCUGGAUCAAAUUCUGGAUGGUGAAAUAAUUGUCAAUGAAGCAACUUCAUCUGAGACGGCCAAACAAGUGGCGGAUAUGGCAAAAAGAUGUUUAAGGCCAAAAGGGGAUGAAAGGCCUUCCAUGAAAGAAGUAGCCGCAGAGCUUGAGAGAUUGCUCAAGUUUAUGGCAGAGAAUCAAAGGGGAGAACCCAGUUUCUGUUGAUCUCACAAACAACAACAAUAAUAAUUGACUCUAAUUAGUGUUGUUUGCAGAUGCUUCUCUACUCUUGAUGCUCCAUCCUUCCUUUCUCUGUUACAACUUACAAGUCAAGAUCCUCUGUUUAUAUUCGUGCUUGCUUAUGCUCAAAUUUCUGCCUAUAUUUGUGCUCUCUGUUACAUCUUACAACUUUCCCUAAAUAAUAGA